GCCCGUUCGCCCGCCUCGCUCGCCCUCCCGGGCCCCAAUGGCGGAUCUGCGGCCUAGCGGCCCCGCCGCCCCGGCCUUCGCCCCGCUUUUCCCCCCGGGGCUGCACGCCAUCUACGGCGAGUGCCGACGCCUCUACCCCGACCAGCCCAACCCGCUGCAGGUCACCGCCAUCGUCAAGUACUGGUUGGGUGGACCGGAUCCUUUGGAUUAUGUUAGCAUGUACAGGAACCUGGGCAGUCCAGCAGCCAGCGUCCCCGAACACUGGCAUUACGUCAGCUUCGGCCUGAGCGACUUGUACGGAGACAACAGAGUCCACGAAUUUACAGGGACGGACAGGCCGAGCGGCUUUGGCUUCGAGUUGACGUUUCGGCUGAAGAGAGAAUCGGGGGAGUCGGCACCUCCCACCUGGCCAGCGGAACUUAUGCAGGGCCUGGCCAGAUACGUUUUCCAAUCAGAAAACACAUUCUGCAGUGGAGACCAUGUGUCCUGGCACAGCCCGUUGGAUAACAGUGAAUCGAGAAUCCAGCACAUGCUGCUGACUGAAGAUCCUCAGAUGCAGCCAGUGCAGACGCCAUUUGGGGUGGUCACUUUCCUCCAGAUUGUUGGUGUUUGCACGGAAGAGUUGCAUGCAGCCCAGCAGUGGAACGGGCAGGGCAUCUUGGAGCUGCUUCGAACUGUCCCUGUAGCCGGGGGACCUUGGCUGAUAACCGAUAUGCGGCGAGGAGAGACGAUAUUUGAGAUUGAUCCACACCUGCAACAGGAGAGAGUGGACAAAGGGAUAGAGACCGAUGGUUCCAACCUAAGUGGCGUCAGCGCCAAGUGCGCUUGGGACGACCUGAGCCGGCCGCCCGAGGAUGACGAGGACAGCAGAAGUAUCUGCAUCGGGACGCAGCCCCGGAGACUGUCUGGGAAAGACACAGAACAGAUCAGGGAGACGUUGCGGAGAGGACUCGAGAUUAACAGUAAGCCCGUCCUACCUCCAAUCAACACCCAGCGGCAGAAUGGCUUGAACCACGACCGGGCACCGAGUCGCAAAGACAGUUUAGAAAGCGAGAGCUCGGCAGCUAUCAUUCCUCAUGAGCUAAUCCGCACAAGGCAGCUUGAGAGCGUACAUCUGAAAUUCAACCAGGAGUCUGGGGCACUGAUCCCCCUCUGCCUAAGGGGCAGAUUGUUACACGGACGGCACUUUACCUAUAAAAGUAUUACCGGGGACACAGCCAUCACGUUUGUUUCUACCGGAGUGGAAGGCGCUUUUGCCACAGAGGAGUAUCCCUACGCAGCGCACGGACCCUGGUUACAAAUCCUCUUGACAGAAGAGUUUGUAGAAAGAAUGCUGGAGGACUUAGAAGAUUUGACUUCGGAAGAAUUUAAACUUCCAAAGGAAUACAGCUGGCCUGAAAAGAAACUGAAAGUCUCCAUUUUACCCGACGCAGUGUUUGACAGCCCGCUGCACUAGAGCUGAAUUCCAGCCUCCCGACAGCGGGCAGGCGGACCAGCCCAGCCCAGCCCGCUCCCUCGCUCCCCAGUGACUCACAGUGUAACGAAUGCAGUAAAAAAAACUAUUCCUGCAAAUAAAGGGAAGACAGAGAGAGAGAGAGAUAGAGAGAGAGAGAGAGGACUGUACAGCCACUGCAACCUGAAAAUGAGUUUGCAAGCAGAGCCUAGUUUGGACCCGCGCAGUCUUUAGCCCCUGAGCAUAUGGUUGGGGCUGGGGGCAGCUGGGGUUUGGACCCGGGGUGGGGUAGGAGCUGCUCCCAUUCAGACCAGGACUGGGGACGACUUGGCAAGGCUACCGUGUCACUGCUCCUUCCCAACUUCUGUUUUGGGGGUUUGGCUCCAGGACCUCCCCACACCACCCCUCAGCUGGCAUUCCCCCCC